UUUGAAAUUAUUGACAGUCGAACUUGUUGUCCCUCAACUGAAACAUUUCUUGAAUUUCCAAAGAAAAAUUGUGUAAAAAUCUAAAUGUUGGAUAAAAAGGAAAAAUAUUCCUUAUUAUUUUGAAAAAAAGUGAUUUGAUUUGAUUUGAUUUUUUUUUUAAAGAAGAUGGAAUUACACAUUUGUCCCGGUUUUUCGCUGAGUGAGCAAGUUAUUCGCGAUAUUGCUUAUUUAAAAACAAAUGGUUUGGGACCAGAGGAAAUAAAUAAAAUUACCGUUCGUAUUUAUUCAUGCGGUAGACGUUAUACGGGACGAUUUGGACGUUAUUUUCUCCUCUCAUUUGAUAAUACACCAAAAUUAUUACGUUGUUUCGUGAAAAUACCACCGUCAUUAAACAGCAAUGAGGAGUCUAUUGUACGAAAUUUGGGUUUAUUUAAUCGUGAAGCAGAAAUGUAUGCAAUGGUAUUUACGAAAAUUUUAAAAAACGAAGACUCUGACAUAAUACCAAAAUUUUAUUAUGCACAAAUGAAUAAUGUUAUAAUAACUGACGAAAUGGUAACAAAUAAUUAUAGGAAAAUUGGUAAAUUAUGUUCCCUUGGAUAUGAGCAUGUUUGUAUUGCAUUAAAAUCAUUGGCGAGAUUUCAUGCGAGAUCAAUUAUUUAUGAGGAAAAAGUUAGUGGUUAUAGUUUAUUGGACGAUUGUGAAGUGACAUGGCACGUUAGAUUGCAAUUACGACCAUAUGAUAGUUUAAUGCAAAAAUAUUAUUCUGGCAUUGGACAUAGUUUAACGGAGGCAUUUCGUUAUAUUCCGCAAUUUAUUCCUCUUGAAUUGAGAAGAUUUACACGUGAAUUUCAAAAAGCGGCUAAUUCACUGUUUCCAACAAUUACGGCUAAGGAAUUUUCCAGUAUGAGAGUUUUAUGUCAUUCCGAUUUGCAGACAUCGAAUCUUUUGUUUCAUUACGAUCGCAAUGGACGACCUGAUAAAUGCUGUAUGAUUGACUUUCAAUUUGUCAAGUACUCAUCAUUGGCCUAUGAUGUUUGGACAUUUUUGUACGCGACAACAGUUAAGGAAUUGAGAACAGAGAGACUCAAUAAUUUUUACAUGAUUUAUUACGCAGAAUUGGCGAAAUAUUUAAAUGAAGAUGGUGUCAAUGCACAGGAUAUGUUUCCUUACCAUGAAUUUGUGAGAAUGAUGGAAAAAGAUCGUGUUUAUGGUAUGUUGCAAGGUGUCUUGGGAAUUUAUCACGUUCUCCAUCAGGAAGUGAAAGUGACACAUGGACCGAAUUAUAGGAAAACUUGGCAAAAAAUAUGGAUGAAUUCACCGGACGUAUUGACGGAGAGUUUCGAUAAAAUUCAACGACUCAAGCAUCGAAUUGUCGAAUCAUUAUUGGAAUUGUAUUCCUGUUUAAUGGCAGGUGAAGCAAGUGAUUCAGAGGGUAGUGACGAUCCCAUAUCUCUAGGUGACGAAGUUUCCGAAGUGGAUGAUGAAUUAUCCGAUGUUUCAAUCGAAAGUGGUUUGAGAAUGCAAUCUGAUGAUGAUAUCGGCGACGAUGAUGAGGACGAACAACCAAGAGGACAACAAAUGCUCGUCAAUUUUGUAAUCCAUCAAUAAAUUUUCAAAAAUUUAUUUUUCUUUAUUUUUCUUUAUUUUUCUGACAACAUUUGGAAAUUUUAGUUUGAAUAAAAAUUGUCCAACAAA